CCGGCGCCCAGCCCGAAGGAGGAACCAGCCCCAGCCCCAGCUCCUGAGCAGCCCCCAGCCCCCGAGCACCCCCCUGCCACCCAGCAGCCCGCAGCCCCUCCAGGCGAGCCCGAACAGCAGCCCGUGGCAGAAGGGACUCCAGCCCCUGAAGAAGCUCCCCCAGCUCCCCCAGCUGAACCUCAACCCCCUGCUCCUGAACCAGAGCCUGAGAAACCCAAGGCAGAGCCACCCAGUCCUCCCUUGUCCUUGGCUGUGGAAGAAGUGAGUGAGAACUCGAUUACGCUGACCUGGAAAGCCCCGGAGCAGACAGGCCGGGCAGGACUGGAUGGAUACGUGGUGGAGAUCUGCAAAGAUGGAAGUACCGACUGGGCAGCCGUGAACCAGGAGCCUUUUCUAUCCACCCGCUACACAAUCCAGGACCUCAGCUCUGGUGCCAAGGUCCUUGUCAGGGUCAAAGCUCUCAGUGCCAGCGGUGCCAGCGUCCCAGCCAGCUUGGAGCAGCCUGUCCUCAUCAGAGAGAUCCUCCAGCUCCCGAAGAUCCGCAUGCCCCGUCACCUGCGGCAGACUUACGUCAGGCGUGUUGGAGAUGCCAUAAACCUGAUGAUCCCUUUCCAGGGAAAGCCAAAGCCCGAGGUGAUCUGGACCAAGGGUGACCAGCCCCUGGACACCAGCCGGGUCAACAUCCGUACGGCAGAGCGGGACACGGUCUUCUACAUCCGCAGCGCCCAGCGCAGCGACUCGGGCAAGUACGAGCUCACCGUGAGGAUCAACGGGGCAGAGGACAAGGCUGCCCUGGACAUCCGAGUGAUCGAGCCGCCGGGCCCCCCGGAGAACCUGAAGCUGGUGGAUGUGUGGGGCUUUAACGUGGCCUUGGAGUGGACCCCCCCGGCGGACAAUGGGAACUCUGAGAUCAAGGGCUACAUCGUGCAGAAGUCAGACAAGAAGAGUGGGAAGUGGUUCACGGCGCUGGAGCACUGCACCCGCACGAGCUGCACCAUCUCUGACCUCAUCAUUGGCAACACCUACUCCUUCCGCGUCUUCGCGGAGAACGCCUGCGGGCCGAGCGAGAAGGCCACGCUCGCCCCCGGGGUGGCCCACAUCCAGAAGACAAAAACUACUUAUCAGCCAGAGAAGAUCCCCCAACGGGACAUGAUGGAGCCUCCAAAGUUCACCCAGCCCCUGACAGAUCGAACCACCACCCGAGGUUACAGCACACAUCUCUUCUGCUGCGUCCGGGGCUUCCCUCAGCCCAAAAUCAUCUGGAUGAAAAAUCAGAUGGAGAUAAGGGAAGAUCCCAAGUACAUCGCCAUGAUCGAUCAGGGCGUCUGCUCCCUGGAGAUCCGCAAGCCCAGCCCCUUUGAUGGGGGCAUCUACACCUGCAAAGCUGUGAACCCCCUGGGAGAAGCCUCUGUAGACUGCAAACUUGAUGUGAAAG